AUGUCUGAGUUAUCAUCGUCCGCUCAAAUAUUUCUUCUAUUAGUAUUGUUAAUUCUUUGUGUUUUGAUUAUUCAUUUAUUGAUUCGCAAGCGUUUCAACUACAUACCCGAAAGCGUGGCAAUUAUCUACAUUGGUGGAAUAUUUGGUUUAGUUUUAAAAGUGUACAAUCAAUGGACGAACAAAAGUGAAGAGUCGACUGCGACGAUAGCACAAGCAUCUACGCCAUUGCUGAAUUCCAAUGUAUUUUUCAUGCUUUUUCUUCCACCAAUUAUAUUUGAACAAGGUUACCAUUUGCAUAAAGGAAACUUUUUUCGAAACCUUGGUACAAUAUCAACAUUUGCCAUAUUUGGCACCACGAUAAAUGCACUUGUGACAGGUGCUGGUCUGUAUGUACUGGGAAUACUCAAUUUAUCAUAUAAAUUACCAUGGAGAGAAUGUUUCGUUAUAGGAUCAUUAAAUUCAGCCAUCGAUCCUGUUGCUAUUCUUUCCAUAUUUCAAGUACUUAAUGUUGAUCAGUUAUUGUACAUGUUGGUUUUUGGCGAAUCGAUAUUGAAUGAUGCCGUCGCCAUCGUUUUAACUAAUGUUAUCGUCGAAUCGAAACGACAAAUUGAAAAUAUCAAUGGAACAAAAUUAACAGCUUAUUCGAUGAUUGGAUUAUUAGCCAGUUCGAAUUUGACUACGGUACCAUCGGUUACAACAGCACGACAUCGAAGUCAUAACGCUUUAAUACCACAGGGUGAUCAAUCACCUCUCUAUGAACCAAAAGGAGAACUGACCGAUAGUUUUCUGGAUAAUAAUGAUCGAUUUCCUUCUCGAAAUAAUGAUGAUAUCGAAGAUAUAGACAAUAGCGACGGUUCAAUAAUCAAUACAUUCCGAAGUGGAGAUACUAUUCCAGCUAAGAAGAAAAAACGAGAAAUAUCAACAACAUUGAAACGAGCAGUUCGGAUUAAUAGUACGACAACACCUUGGUCCGCACAAGUCAUUUCAUCGAUUAAAGUUUUAAUGAAUACAUCGACAAGGUUCUCUCUAAUGUUCUAUUCGUCCGGUUUUCUCGGUCUUGUUUUCGGGCUGGCCAGUGCGUUGUUAACCAAGUAUCUCGCAUUCGAUAAAAGUUCAUUAUCAUUAGAAAUCUCACUUCUACUUCUCACUGCUUACGCGUCGUACAUGUUCGCUGAAAUAUUUCAUCUAUCUGGUAUUAUGUCAAUACUUGUCUGUGGAUUAACCAUGUCGCAUUAUACGCAUGAAAACCUUUCCAGUGUUGGCCGACAAUCAAUAACUGUACUCUUUCGUACUAUUGCAUUUCUUGCUGAAACAUGCGUUUUUGUGUAUUUGGGCGUGGGAAUAUUCGAAUAUCAGCAUGCAUUUCAUCCGAAAUUGAUCUUUUGGACAAUCGUAUUGACAAUUAUCGGACGUGCAGCACAUGUUUUUCCUCUUUCAUUCAUGAUGAAUUGCUUUCGGUCGAAAAAACAUCGAAUCACAUUUCCCAUGCAACUAGUCAUGUGGUUCGCCGGACUGAGAGGUGCGAUUUCCUACGCAUUGUCUGUCCAUGUUGGUCAAUAUUAUGGCGAAAACGAAGAAGAAUUGAAACGAACGCUUGUGACAACGACAUUAGUUACCGUUUUAUUUACAAUCGUUGCUCUAGGUGGUCUAACCAUACCUGUUGUCAAAUAUCUUCGACGACAUUCAUCUAUUUCUCAAGAACGAUCCAUGGAAUCCGAUGACGAACCCAAUCUACGCACAAUGAUGAGUAAAACGAUUCAAUUCGAUGAAUUACUCAACGAAGAUGAAAAUUAUAUGAAUCAGAGAAAACACAUCACCAACGAUGAUGACAUUGAUAACUAUGAAAUCCACUUUGCUAAUCCAAAUACAAUGAAAGGCUUAGAAAAAUUCAAUGAAUUCUAUGUUAAACCAUUACUUGUUCGAAAAACGUCAUUAAAACCACAUGAUGAACGUGAAACAAGAGAACACGAUCGUAAACCAUUAUUAUCCUCAUCAUCAAAUGGAAAACAAGCUUUGCUUUUAAGCAAUGACGAUGAUGACGAAGAUGAAGAAGAUGAUUUGCUUGUUGUGAAUCAGCUGAGACAAGAAAAUUUUCCAUUGAAAACAAUCAAUAAGAAUGGCAAAGAUAAGAAACAAACAAAUACAGCAUUUCAUGAUACAUAA